CCGGAAUUCGAGUACGCAAAUGGAUACCGAUGAGAUAGAAGGAAACUCUCGGGCUACCCGAAUGAGCCCAAGCAUUCGGCAUGGCACCCCCGGCGACAAUUCCGAAGUAAUGUCUCCUCUCAUUUCGGAUACUGCGCUGUUACAACUACAGGGUUCCACAAGAGAAGAUGAACCUUCGUAUCUCAAGCAGAUGGUCAGAUCUGAACGGCUCCAAGAGGUUCAACUAGGUUAUGAUGGAACCAGGUGGUUGACAGUUAUCUCAGAUGUUUCGACUAUGAAUCAUGACAACGAUUCAUCCGUAUCCACCCGAAGAUCAAUAUAUUGCUCCGCAUUCACCUCUAGCGAUUUCAUGUCGCCCUAUUUUGGCCCCGCUGAACCAGUAGAGUCUUUCGAUCCAGGGGGCUCUGGUACAAGCCAAGACUCUGGAUAUUUUUCCGUGGCUCCACCAACUCCUCCCCUGAAUUCAUCCCCCACCACUCCUUCCUUUCCUCCAAGUAAGGAAAGUGAAUCCAAUCCAGAAUCAGUUCGGUGCGUACAAUGCGAGGUUGUUUUCGCCGGUAGAUACGGAAAAGGAAAUCUUCGGAGGCAUACGAAGAGCGUGCAUCGGACGAUGGGUAAAACGCUCAUCUGCAGUGCUUGCCAAAAGAUCUUUGCUCGUUCAGAUGCUUUACGAAAACACAUGUUUAGGAAACAUCCAGGACUUGCGGCCCCCUUGUCCAAACAAACAAGCAAUACACUACCGUUGAGUCAUGAGCAUUGUUUUUCAUCUGUCUAUGACUCACUAAUAUACCCUCACGAUGAUGACCUUAGAGGAAUCGCAGAACGGUACUGAUAGUCACUCUCUGGUAUCAAAUCAGCCAUCAUUUUCAGUUACCCACGCCAUGUAUUCUAACUGUUAUAUAUAUAUAGAAACCAAAAGUCCCUUUUCUUUG